GAACGCACCGUCGCGUUCCGUCCUCUGUCGCGCUCUUCCUCUUCUGCGCAAUCGUCUUACCAAUCGGCGGUUAACUUUCGUUUGUUAAGACCAGAAUCCGAUCGGGCCAAAUUGCAAUCCCCUGGAUGCGGAUGCAAAAAGAAUCUGUGGGAUGUGUGCGAUUAAGUGGACUCUUUAGGUGUUUAACAAACAAAUUAACCCAACUACUCCACGGAAGUUUAAAAACGCAAGUUUAAACGAAAACAAAGUGAACGAAAAUUACUGCUCAGGUUUAAAAGUUUAUAACAAAAAGGCAACUUAAGCGUUGUGUUUCAUGUGCAAAAUCUUAAGGAAUAUCUACACAAAUAUACUCAUAUAUUUUCGGAAUAAAAUUACUAAAGCCAAUCGUAAUAAUAAAUCUUGUGAAGCGUGUAACUUGUAUAAAUUAUAACGUAACAUAUAUAAAAACAACUAUAACAUCAGUUUGUAAACAAACGAAUAAAAGAUUAAACCUUAUACACACCUAAAUACGGUCAUCAAAUAUAUAUUCUUAUACAUAUUAUUCAACGAUUUUAAUCAAUCCAUACAUCAAUCAAUUCAACAAUCAAUCGAGCGAUAUACUUCAUUUUGCAAAUCUACUUCAAAGGAAACCUACAAACAUACUCAGACGCUGCUGUGGAUCGGGCGGAGCAUAGAUCAGCAAACAAUAAGCCAUCAAGUAUUAUUAGCAACUAAAACGAACUCAGACUCGGAAUCAGCCUCAGAACUCGAACUCAGCACGAGAUCAUCCAACUCAACUCAACUUAACGCAACUCAGUCGAACUCAUCUCAUCGUCAACGGAAGUAGCCUCAACCAGAAUACCAGAAUACCAGAAAUCACCAGAUACAAGUAUAUAUUUAGACAUAUUCGGUAAGGAUCAAGCAACUGUGGGCAGGUAUAGGAACAACGCUAAGCUAAACGUAAGGACUAAGGACAACCAAUUCUCUAGGAUACAAUAGCAUACAAGGAAAACAUACAAAACAGAAGAAACUGCAACUUUGAAGGCUGACAAAACUAAUUUUUGAUAAUCCAAAAGCAGAAGCGAACAAAUUACAAAAUACCACAAGCGGCAACAACAAAAGCGUAAGAAGAGACUGAUUUUAAAACAAAAAGAGCAAGCGGCAAGCGGCAGAUAAAAGGCAGCAGAAGUGAGGCAACAGUGAUUCAGGAUCAAAUCCAAACAAAAACAAAAUACAAGCAACAAAGGCAACUUUCCAUACAACACAUAUUAGAGCAUAUAUUUAAGACAGAUUGAUAUUUUUGAGCGAUUAACCCUAUUUUGGUAUAUCAUGUUGAAGAAACUCAAGUGCAUGGAGGCGGCGCAGGCAGCGGCGGCUGCAGCCUCAUCCGAAGGAUCGCCCUCCACCGCGAAACUGAUCAAGACCGAACCCAUUGACUUCGAGAUGCUGCACCUGGAGGAGAGCGAAAGGCAGCGCGACCUGGAGCGGGAGCCCACCAGCAGCAACAGCCUGACCCCCCAGCGGUACACCCACGUGCAGGUGCAGACCGUGCCGCCCCGCCAGCCCACGGGUCUGACCACGCCGGGCGGCACCCAGAAGGUCAUCCUCACGCCGCGCGUGGAGUACGUCCAGCAGAGGGCCACCAGUUCUACGGGCGGCGGGGUCAAGCACAUCUACAGCCAGCAACAGGUGGGCGCUGCAGCGCGAUCCGCCCCACCCGAGGCCACGGCCCUGCUGACCACCACCUCGGGCACCCCCCAGAUCAUCAUCACCCGCACCCUGCCCUCCAGUCAGCACCUGUCGCGGCGCCACUCGGCCAGUCCCUCGGCCCUGCACCACUACCAGCAGCAGCAACAGCAGCAGCAGCAGCCACAACGACAGCAGCAAUCGCCACCACCGCUGCACCACCAACAGCAGCAGCAUGUCCGGGUGAUCCGCGAUGGCCGGCUGUAUGACGAGACCACUGUGGUGGUGGCUCGUCGGCACUCGGUUUCGCCGCCUCCACUGCACCACCACUCCAGAUCGGCGCCCGUGUCCCCGGUGAUUGCCAGGCGAACGGGAGGUGCAUCUGCCGCCUAUAUGGAGCAGCAAUAUCAGCAAAGGCAGACUCCACCCCUGGCUCCGCCGCCGCCGCCUCCACCUCCGCCACCACCUCCACAGCCACAGCCACCCCAGCAGCAGCAGCAGCAGCAGCAAUAUGUCUCCAGCGGUGUUGCACCGCCCACGGCAGCGGCUCGGAAGCUGGUGGUUAGCACCAGCACGCGUCACGUGAACGUGAUCGCCUCCAAUCAUUUCCAGCAGCAGCAUCAGGUGCAGCAGCAGCACCAGCCGCAUCAGCAGCAUCAGCAACAUGUGAUUGCCAGCGUUAGUUCUAGCAGUGGCUCCUCGGGAGCAGCCGGCCCUUCUUCUGCGCACAUCUUCCGCACGCCCGUGGUAUCCAGCAGCAGCAGCAGCAACAGCAACAUGGCGCACAGCAGCAACAUGCACCACCAGCAGCAACAGCAGCAGCAGCAGGCGAACCUGGGCAGCUCGGUGAUGCGGCCACCACCGCCGCCGCCUCCGCCCAAGGUCAAACACGCCUCCAGCUCCGGCAGCAGCGGCUCGAGCAGCAGCAACACCAACAGCAGCAGCAGCAGCAACGGCGAGGAGCCGUCUAGCUCGAUUCCUGAUCUAGAAUUCGAUGGCACAACGGUGCUGUGCCGCGUUUGCGGGGACAAGGCCUCCGGCUUCCACUACGGCGUGCAUUCCUGCGAGGGUUGCAAGGGCUUCUUCCGUCGCUCCAUCCAGCAAAAGAUCCAGUACCGCCCCUGCACCAAAAAUCAGCAGUGCAGCAUUCUGCGCAUCAACCGCAAUCGCUGUCAGUAUUGCCGCCUGAAAAAGUGCAUUGCCGUGGGCAUGAGUCGCGAUGCUGUGCGUUUUGGACGCGUGCCGAAGCGCGAAAAGGCGCGCAUCCUGGCGGCCAUGCAGCAAAGUACCCAGAAUCGCGGCCAGCAGCGGGCCCUCGCCACCGAGCUGGACGACCAGCCACGCCUCCUCGCCGCCGUGCUGCGCGCCCACCUCGAGACCUGCGAGUUCACCAAGGAGAAGGUCUCGGCCAUGCGGCAGCGGGCGCGGGACUGCCCCUCCUACUCCAUGCCCACACUUCUGGCCUGUCCGCUGAACCCCGCCCCUGAGCUGCAGUCGGAGCAGGAGUUCUCGCAGCGCUUCGCCCACGUGAUCCGCGGCGUCAUCGACUUCGCCGGCAUGAUUCCCGGCUUCCAGCUGCUCACCCAGGACGACAAGUUCACGCUCCUGAAGGCCGGGCUCUUCGACGCCCUGUUCGUGCGCCUGAUCUGCAUGUUCGACUCCUCGAUCAACUCGAUCAUCUGCCUGAACGGCCAGGUGAUGCGGCGGGAUGCCAUCCAGAACGGGGCCAACGCCCGCUUCCUGGUGGACUCCACCUUCAACUUUGCGGAGCGCAUGAACUCGAUGAACCUCACGGACGCCGAGAUCGGCCUCUUCUGCGCCAUCGUGCUGAUCACACCGGACCGCCCCGGACUGCGCAACCUGGAGCUGAUCGAGAAGAUGUACUCGCGCUUGAAGGGCUGCCUGCAGUACAUCGUGGCCCAGAACAGGCCCGACCAGCCGGAGUUCCUGGCCAAGCUGCUGGAGACGAUGCCCGACCUGCGCACCCUGAGCACCCUGCACACCGAGAAGCUGGUGGUCUUCCGCACCGAGCACAAGGAGCUGCUGCGCCAGCAGAUGUGGUCCAUGGAGGACGGCAGCAACAGCGACGGCCAGCAGAACAAGUCGCCCUCGGGCAGCUGGGCGGACGCCAUGGACGUGGAGGCGGCCAAGAGCCCGCUGGGCUCCGUCUCCAGCAGCGAGUCCGCCGACCUGGACUACGGCAGUCCGAGCAGUUCGCAGCCGCAGGGCGUGUCCCUGCCCUCGCCGCCGCAGCAGCAGCCGUCGGCGCUGGCCAGCUCGGCUCCCCUGCUGGCCGCCACCCUCUCCGGCGGCUGUCCGCUGAGGAAUCGCGCCAACUCCGGCUCCAGCGGCGACUCCGGAGCAGCCGACAUGGACAUCGUUGGCUCGCACGCCCAUCUCACCCAGAACGGGCUGACCAUCACGCCCAUCGUGAGGCACCACCAGCAGCAGCAGCAACAGCAGCAUCAGCAGCAGCAGCAACAGCUGUGCCACCAGCAGCAGCAGCACCCCCAACUGCACCACCACCUGACCGCCGGAGCAGCCCGCUACCGGAAGCUGGACUCGCCCACGGACUCGGGCAUUGAGUCGGGCAACGAGAAGAACGAGUGCAAGGCCGUCAGCUCCGGCGGCUCCAGCUCCUGCUCCAGUCCGCGCUCCAGUGUGGACGACGCCCUGGACUGCAGCGACGCCGCCGCCGCCGGCAACCAGGGCCAGCACCAGGUGCCGCACCCCCAGCUGAGUGUGGUGGCCGUCUCGCCAGUCCGCUCGCCCCAGCCCUCGAGCAGUGGCCACCUGAAGCGGCAGAUUGUGGAGGACAUGCCCGUGCUGAAGCGGGUGCUCCAGGCGCCGCCGCUAUACGACACCAACUCGCUGAUGGACGAGGCCUACAAGCCGCACAAGAAGUUCCGCGCCCUGAGGCACCGCGAGUUCGAGACCGCCGAGGCGGAUGCCAGCAGUUCCACAUCGGGCUCGAACAGCCUGAGCGCCGGCAGUCCGCGGCAGAGCCCCAUUCCCAUACCGAAUAGUGUGGCCACGCCCCCGCCCUCGGCGGUCGGCGCUGCCCUCGGCAAUCCCGCCCAGAGCCAGCUGCACAUGCACCUGACCCGCGCCAGCCCCAAGGCCUCGAUGGCCAGCUCGCACUCGGUGCUGGCCAAGUCGCUGAUGGCCGAGCCGCGCAUGACACCCGAGCAGAUGAAGCGCAGCGACAUCAUCCAGAACUACUUGAAGCGGGAGAACAGCUCGGCGGCGGCCAGCAGCACCACCAACGGCGUGGGCAACCGCAGUCCCAGCAGCAGCUCCACGCCGCCGCCGUCGUCGUCGUCGUCGUCGGUGGGCCAGGCUCAGCAGCGGUGGGGCAGCAGCUCGGUGAUCACCACCACCUGCCAGCAGCGCCAGCAGUCCGUCUCGCCGCACAGCAACGGCUCCAGCUCCAGCUCGAGCUCGAGCUCCAGCUCCAGUUCGUCCUCCUCCUCCACCUCCACCUCCUCCAACUGCAGCUCCAGCUCGGCCGGCAGCUGCCAGUACUUCCAGUCGCCGCACUCGACGAGCAACGGCACCGGCACCGCCAGCGGCACCUGUGCCCCGGCCAGCUCCAGCUCGGGAUCGGGCUCGAGCAGUGGCACCCCCAUGCUGGAGCUGCAGGUGGACAUCGCCGACUCGGCGCAGCCGCUCAAUCUGUCCAAGAAGUCACCCACGCCGCCGCCCAGCAAGCUGCACGCCCUGGUGGCCGCCGCCAAUGCCGUUCAGCGGUACCCUACUCUGUCCGCCGAUGUCACGGUGACCGCCUCGAGUGGCGGUCCUCCGUCGGCGGCGGCCAGCCCGGCGCCCAGCAGCAGUCCGCCGGUGGGCUCGCCCAAUCCGGGACUGACCACCGCCGUGCCCACGGUCAAGAUGGAGGCGUAAGGGAGGCGGAGGAGCGCCUGGAGAAGUGGGAGAGACAGAGACUGGGAGUGGCAGUGACGGUGAAGCAGGACCACCAGGGAUCUCCGGGGAUCGACAGCAGGAGUUGGAUUAAAUUAUUUUACCUUUAAUUGAGCCGUGUACAAAGUUUCAACGCAAAACCAACAUGCAUGCAAUUUAAAACCACUAAUAUUUAAAGCAACAACAAACAAACAACUACAAGUUAUUAAUUUAAAGAAACAAAACAAAAAACCCAAGCUUGAAUGGUAUUACAGAAGAAUAAGAAGAAAACACUGAAAAAAAACAUAAAUAUAUUUUAGCAGUUAAACUUUAACGUAGCGAGAAACCAACAAAAAAGGCAGCGCUCUGAUUUUGCAUUGACUUUUCUUCAGCUGCUAACCACAACGCCCCCACCCCCUACACCCCCUCGUCUAUCGAACCCUAAUUGUUUUAUAAGUUUUAAGCUCUUGUUGUACAUAUUAAUUACGUUUACGAGUAACUAUGUUUAGCGCUUUAGUUGUAGGCGGAGCAAAACUACUUUGCUUUUUUGGAUGUUUUUUGAAAAAACUGCAAAUUAUUAUUAUUAAAUUUUUAAAUACCUAAAACAAAACAAAAACCAUGUGUGUGAAAUUUUUUAUUGUGCGAUCUCCGAGCAGAAUUGAAGUGCAGUUUGCAACAAAUUUUAACUACGAUUAAGUUGAUAACGAUUCAUUUUUUAUGAAUUUGACUAAUUUUAUGAAUUUGUUAUAGUUUUCCACCCCCUAUCGCCCCUUCUUCGACUUUCUACCCAGCUAUCCAGCUAUCCGUAUUCCCGAUUUCUCCUUUGGCACAAAGCUCUUUCUAUGCUGAAGAUUCAAGUGGAAUAAAUAUUGUUUUCUAAUUUUAAAAUACCACAAAAUACAUUUAAAAUAAACAAGAAGGGAAUGAAAAUCAAACAAAUGCUUAAAUUUUUAGCAGCAAGCAGUAAGACGAUGACGGAGCAGAGGAACCCAACGUUAAAUAUAUCUGUUGUGUACAUAGUUAAAUGUUAAAUUAAACACAAAAACAUAUUUAAAGUACAUAUAAAUACACAUAAAUAUUAAUGAGAAACCUAUGCUUAAAAGAUUCAAUGUUUGAUUGGCAUCUUAGAAAACCAAGCGAAAAAUACAAAAAAAAAACAGAAAUUAUGAUAUAUUAUUUAAACGUAACGUAUACAUUUAUAUUACAGAAAACAAAAGAGAAAACUUGCGGUAGCAACAAAACUAUUAUUAUAAUUACCUUUUAAUUACGCUGUACUAUUAUGAUUAUUAAUUAUUACGAAUAAUUAAUUACGAUUUUUAUGCUUAGACAAACCAACAACAAAAACAAAGAUGCAAAAACAACAAAAAAAAACAAAAAACAAGCAAAAAACUACACUGGCGCAGAAAUUUGUAUUGUCAAUCAAUAAAAAAUUUGUUUAAAAAUUUCAA